UGAGAGGCUCUGGAAGGGGCGGGGUGGUUUGGGCCGGUGGCUAAAUUACAGGCCCGGGAAUUGCAACACUUUGUACCUUAGCAUCGGAAUGCAUGAUUACAAAAGAAAAGGUGUCGUUUGCGUGGAGUGGGGGCUGGCGGAGAGUGAAGCGAAUGUGCCGUUUUGAAACCGAAGGACUGUAAGCGCUUCCUCUUUCGGUGCACGAGACCCUCCCGCGGGCCCGGCUGCCGCCGCUGGACUGUCCGGAGAGAACAUGGCGGCCCGCUGCAGCCUCGCGGGCCUGCUCCCGGCUCAGACCUCGCUGGAGUACGCCCUGCUCGACGCAGUCACCCAGGAGGAGAAGGACAGCCUGGUCUACCAGUAUCUGCAGAAGGUGGAUGGCUGGGAGCAGGACUUGUCAGUGCCCGAGUUUCCGGAAGGAUUAGAAUGGCUGAACACGGAAGAGCCUAUUUCUGUCUACAGGGAUCUGUGUGGGAAAGUAGUCAUCCUUGAUUUCUUCACCUACUGCUGCAUUAACUGUAUUCACCUACUGCCUGAUCUUCAUGCAUUAGAACACACAUACUCUGAUAAAGAUGGUCUUCUGAUUGUUGGUGUUCACUCAGCUAAGUUUCCAAAUGAAAAAGUCCUGGAUAAUAUUAAGAGCGCCAUUCUUCGAUACAACAUCACCCACCCUGUGGUUAAUGACGCAGAUGCCAGCCUUUGGCAAGAAUUAGAAGUCUCCUGCUGGCCAACUUUGGUCAUAGUCGGACCUCGUGGAAAUAUGUUAUUUUCUUUGAUUGGAGAGGGACACAAAGAUAAAUUAUUUUUAUAUACUUCAAUAGCUUUAAACUAUUACAAAGACAGGGGACAGAUCAGAAGUAAUAAAAUAGAAGUAAAACUCUAUAAAGAUUCUUUGCCACCGUCACCAUUGCUGUUUCCGGGCAAGGUAACAGUCGACCAUGUUUCUAAUAGACUGGUGAUAGCAGACACUGGACAUCAUAGAAUUCUGGUCGUCUGGAAGAAUGGACAAAUUCAGUACAGCAUUGGAGGACCCAACCCUGGAAGAAAAGAUGGAAUAUUUUCAGAGUCAACUUUUAAUUCACCACAGGGUGUAGCCAUAAGGAACAAUACCAUAUAUGUGGCAGAUACUGAAAACCACCUUAUAAGAAAGAUUGACCUACAAGCUGAGAUGGUGAGCACUGUCGCCGGCAUUGGAGUUCAAGGUACAGAUAAAGAAGGUGGAGCCAAAGGAGAGGAGCAGCCCAUUAGUUCCCCCUGGGAUGUAGUUUUGGGGGCAUCAGGUUCAGAGGUCCAGGGAGCCGACGUUCUCUGGAUAGCCAUGGCCGGGACCCAUCAGAUAUGGGCACUGCUCCUGGACAGCGGCAGCCUCCCAAAGAAAACUGAGCUAAAAAAAGGAACCUGCCUUCGGUUUGCUGGAAGUGGAAACGAAGAGAACCGAAAUAAUGCAUAUCCUCACAAGGCAGCCUUUGCCCAACCUUCCGGCCUUUCCCUGGCCUCUGAAGAGCCGUGGCGCUGCCUGUUUGUAGCAGACAGUGAGAGCAGUACCGUGAGAGCCGUGGCGCUGACAGACGGAGCGGUGAAGCACCUCGUAGGAGGAGAACGCGACCCCAUGAAUUUAUUUGCUUUUGGUGAUGUUGAUGGAGUAGGAAUCAAUGCCAAGCUUCAGCACCCACUCGGAGUAACCUGGGACAAGAAAAGGAAUUUACUUUAUGUGGCAGAUUCUUAUAAUCACAAGAUUAAAGUUGUGGAUCCCAAAACAAAAACCUGUACAACGUUAGCAGGAACUGGGGAGGCGAGUAACGUUCUCACUUCCGGCUUUCCCGAGUCAACUUUCAAUGAGCCAGGAGGCUUGUGUGUUGGAGAGAACGGCCAGUUAUUGUAUGUAGCAGACACCAAUAAUCAUCAAAUUAAAGUGAUGGAUUUAGAAACCAGAACGGUUUCUGUGCUUCCAGUCUUCAGAUCUGGAAACGCUGUUGUAGAUGGCCCAUUCCUAGGGGAAAAACAGAAGACAUUACCCAAACUACCUAAAUCUGCUCCAAACAUUAGACUUUCCCCAGUGGCUGCAUCUCCAGGCCAGACCCUGCAGUUCAAGCUAAGAUUAGACCUCCCAUCAGGAACAAAGUUAACCGAAGGAGUAUCCAGUUGUUGGUUUCUAACCGCUGAAGGCAAUGAAUGGCUUCUUCAAGGACAAAUACCCUCUGGAGUGAUUGAGAGCAUUUCCAGUCAGCCGGCCAUCUCACUGCAGAUCCCCGGAGACUGCCCAUCACUUGAAGCCGUUCUGUCUAUCCGCGUGUUUCUUUAUUACUGCAGCACAGACAGCAACGCCUGUAUGAUGAAGGGAAUUACGUUCAGCCAGCCUUUACAGAUAACCAGCGCCCAGCAAGGGUGCAUAGUGCCAGUGGAGCUCACUUACGUGUUUUAGCAAGCCCGCCCGCUGCCCAGGCGCUGUAGCCACUGUCCUCCGUCCUCACAGCCACUGUCCCUCACAAAAAGCAGCUUUAUUUCUGCCUCUGGAAACCAAGAAGCCCACUACUCAGUUCUAGCAACCAACAUUAAGAUAAAGCUGUGCUCCAUGUUUAUCUGUUACAAACAAAUUCCUUCAUUCUGGCUGCGUACCGGCUAGAUCACUGACCGUCGUUUGAACCACGAGUUUGUAGUCUGUGCUAUUUGGCACAAAACUUAAAUCCACACUAUAGACUAUUAUCAUGAAGAUAAUUUGCAGUGAAUACUGAUAACAAUAAUGAAACCAAAUAUUUUAACUUUUUCUAUCUUUAUUAGUAGUGAGUAGCACAUUUAAAUAUAUACAUUUCACAAUAACUGUAAACAGAACCUAAGAUCCAGUCCACGUGUUGGUAUAAGGACACCUGCCAUUCAGGGCCUAUGGUCUGUUUUAAGCCAAAAAAAAAAAAUCUUUACAUCACAGUAAAAGCUUAGAGUUAUCUGGGUGGUCAGUAUAUUCUUUGUUCUCCUCUAAGAUUCUCUCAUUUGAGAGCAAUUUAAAAGAAUUUCUAUUUUUAUUAUAAAUUAUUUACUAUUUUAAUAUACCAUUAUUAAUGCCUUAUAACUCUAUAUAGAAAGGGAUGUCUAAAGAUGUACAGACUCAAUUCCUUAACAAUUUUCUGAAUGAAUGCAGUCUUACCAGAUAAUGAGUCCCCAGAAAUACAACUUUCAAGGAGAAAUGGACUUUGGGACAUAUUACUAUCCGUGAUACUAUUGAUGAUAAAGAAUAAAUUGUGACGGGUGAAUCUGAGUAAAUGGGUGUAAACGUUGUCUCAGAGGUUUAAAUUUCACUUGUAAGCAUGAAACUAUGUACAUUCGUUGGAUUUGGGGUUUUUUGGUUCCCAUAUUCAGAACUUAAAUUAUGAUCAUUUAUUGUGACGUUUUUAAAAAUCACUUUUAAGCCUUCAAGGAAAGUUUUAGUGUGAAGCACUUUCAUCCUAUUAAUAUGUAUAUAUAUUUAUUACUCUUUAAAAUAUUAGGGCUGAAAGAUACAGUGAUAUAGUGACACGGGUGGUUUUUAACCCCCAAAAGAAAUUGUCAUUAGAAGAUAAAGUUUUUUUCUUAUCAUAAUUUCCCUUUGUAACUAUUUAAAAGCCUAUUCUUGUUUUUACUAUAACUGAUUCAAUAUGUUUGUGAUUUAAUCAGCUUACAGGAUUUUGAAAAUGUCAGGUAUAAACACUAUAUUUCCCCAAUAUUUAUAGGCAAGAUGACAUACUAUGCUUUUCCCUCCUUCAGAAACAAAUGGGAAGUAUAAUCUUUGGAGUACCAUAAUCUGCCCAUUUUUCUUUUUGAAAUACAGUUUUGAACAUAUUAGCUUCAUUUACUGAGGUUCUCUACAUCUCUGAAGUAAGGAAAUGCAUAGUCAUGAUUUGGAUUUGAUUUGUAGUCUUGCUAAAGCUAUUUUUAAAGAGAAGCAUAAAUGUAAAGUUGAAAGGAAACUUGUUUAAAAUUAUUAUAUAAUUACUUCAUAAACCUUUUUUUUCCAUAAAAAGCAUUCUGUAUUAAAGAGAUAACAUUAAUAUUCUCUUUUAUGGAAAAUCGGCUGAAGUCCUGUUUUAAUCUCAUUUGAAAUAUUAUACUUCUCAUUUCCAUUUGGACAUGAUGAGAAUAUUUUGACUUCAUCUUUUCCUAUUUAAAGACAUAAAUGAUUUCACUCCCUGGGAAAGAAGUAUAUAUGUUUUUAAUCUAAUUCAGAAAUACCUGAUAAUUAAUUUUUCAAUAUAAUAAACACAUAUGUAUUCUAUAUCUCUUAGAAUCUAUUAAUAUUCCUUUUGUCUCGACAGUUUACAGUUAGGAUUAAGCUUAUACUUUUCUUUCAAAGUACAGUUUUAUUGAACAUUAUUAGUCACCAGUAUGCACUAUUUUUUUACAUUAAAAAUAUUUAUGUGGAUUUAGUAUGAUUUUUUAUGAAUCCUACUAAAGCAGUAUAAAUAGGUUCCUAGAAUUUAUGACUAACAUAAACCUCUUACAUAAGAGGAAGCACUAGAAAGUUUAUUUUUAAAAACUUCUUGAUCCUUUUCUGCCUCCUGUUUUCUAUAAGGACUUGCAUUUUUUUUUUAACUUUUGCUUUUCUUGUAUAAAUUAUGUCCAGUGAUAGUUGAAAAAGUAUAUGUCACCCUAAUCAAAGCGCCAGUAAUGUGGCAUCACACACACUUUGACACCAUACCUGGGAUCUUUGCCCUAAAUCGUCAUGCUGGUUUUGUCGCUUUUUUCCAUCACUCUCUGGGAUAUUAUUUCACAAGUGGUAGAACUUCUUUUAUUUUUUUUUCCUGAAUUUAUACUCAAGGGUAAUCGGAGCCCUGAAAAGAACUCUGCUUAUCUUAAAUAUGCUGCCUCAAGCAAAUAUUUAACCUGUUCACAAGGAAAAACUUUAUAGUUGAAUCACCCGUAAGUGUAAUUCUGGCAAAGUUCAAUGACUACAAAACAAUGUUCUCCUUAACUGUUCUAAUUAAUACCAUAGUUAUAGUACUAUCAAGUCUGUAGAAAGCUAUAAAUCUUAACACAUCCAAAAAUAUUUCCUAUGUGUGGAUGAGCACAUACACAUGUAUGUGUGUGUGUAUACAUACACAGAUACAAAGAUCAAGUCAGAAACUUCGCAUCUAAGUUUCUCUUAUGGGCAGUAAACUUUUGGUUAGUAUCACACCAAGAUAAGUUACUCUCUGGUUAUUUUUCCAUGGUUGGAAAUUUUAGGAAAAUACUGAAAAUAGAUAUCUGUAACAGUUUUCUGCCUGCACAAAAUUUACUAUUUAUUAUAUCUGCCAAUUAAGAAGACUUCAGUCUGGCUCUUGUAUUUGGUAUCGUGUUUAAGAGUCAUCAAAAACUAAAUUCCAUAGUUGACAAUUGCACAAAAAUACCUGGAGAGGAACUAUGUCAAAGGUGGUUUUCCUGAAUGAUGAAAGUAUGAAUAUUUAAAUUCUACUUGCCUGUAAUUUCUUUUCAGUGAACAAUGGUGUUAUUUUCAGGGUAAAAAAGAUUUAAAGUGAAACUGAAUUUAAAGGAAAACGAAUUGUAAGCACUGAUGUAACUUCUAAAAUCACCUUUAUUGCAAGGCUUAGAACAUAAUUUGGAAUGCUCUGAUCUGUCGGUUCUGUGGUGAAGAGAGAAAUGACUUCUUGUGACUUUAUUGUGUGAUGUGCAGAGGUUAAAGUGCCUGUGGUCUGCAGGCUCUCCGACUCCAGCCCUGUCAACUGGGGCCAUUCUUAUAUAGGGUCGCUCUAAGGGUUCAAUGAAACCGUGUUUGUAAAGCAUUUAGUAAUUAAUGGAACUGCUACAUAUUAGUUCAUGAUAAUUAAUGACCAUAAACAUCUACCUUGACAUUUACCUUGACAUUUUCUUUGCAAAUGCAGUUUCUGAAGGAAAAUAUUUCACAAUUAUCUAUAUGGUAAUGUUAAUAGUCUCCAUAGAGUUAGGACCGAAUACGAGAAAUACAGUUUUAUAAUAAAGCUAUUACUGAUUAUAAAUGAUGUUAGAGUCAGAAACCUACACUUUUAUGAAAACUUUCUUAAACCCAGAGCUACAAGUAAUUAUCUUCCUUUGAGAGGGUCCACACAUCCUCACCCUGCACCCCGUUCCUGUAAUUCACUCUGAUGGUGCUCUAUAAACUCUUCAAAGUGCCUUCAUUUGAGCUUCAAAGUAACCUAUGAAUCAGACAAAUAGACGUUAACAUCCAUUUUACAGACGAGAAAAUGGCUCUAGAACGUUGGUGACCAAUCUCAAACUCUCAGAAUAAUGUUAGACACUGGAGUGGCGGCUGGCACAGGCUGUCGCUGGACCAACUCCAUGGAAUGACUAAAAAGGUGAAUAGUGAGUGAUCUUUUAUGUGAAUACCAGUCUCCUAAAUCCUACCUCUACUCCCAGAUGUAGAGUGAAGACAGACUGCAGAAUUCAGUACUUGCUUCUGUGAAUGCUUUCUUGAGCGUCUGUAGUAUUUAUGUAGAGUAAAUCAAAUGGCCGAAUAUAUUGAGUGCUUAAUAUGUGCCUGGCACUUUUCUAAGUGCUUUUUAUGUAUUAACUCAUUUAAUCUUCACAACAGCCUUCCGAAAGAGGCACUGUUUUUCCUUAUUUCCCUGGUGAGAAAACUGAAACAAAAGAGUAGAAGCCUUUCCACCAGUAUGUUCAAGGCCACGUACUUAGGAAGUGGCCAGACCUGGAUGAAUCAGCUGAACGACUGUGUUAAAUUGCCUCUCAAAAGUAAUUUUUUUAAACAUAAAUCUUUUAAAUAUGUAGUAAAUAAUAGUCAAUCUACAGAAUCCAGAAAGUCUUGUGAAAUUUGACGUAAGUCCACUUCACUGUAUUAGCUCUUUGACCCUUCACUAUAUGCUCUGAUCCUUCAUGGCGGAGAACAGUCUGUACACUUUUAUUUCCCAAAAGAUUUGAUGUACUGUUCUUUCUUAAAUUCAGAUGUUAUCCAGGAUUUUUCAUGGCAGAUGGAUGUUUUAAGGAAUUAAGUAGAUUUUCAGUAUUAGCUCCAACAAUGCUGUUUUAAUUGGUCUUCAAAAGGUAAUUAUAAGACCUUGUCAUAAGAAUAACUUAAUUCUUAGAGCAGGACUGUCUCACAACCUAAAAGUCUUAGCCAUAUUUAAGAACGUUUUAAUAACCAAAGCGAGUUCUAGAAGCAUAGUAUUUGGCCAGUCUUGUUAACACAGAAAGUUCUCUGCUUACUGGCUUCAUAAAUGACACUGGCAUGUAAGACCCCACCCCCACUCCAGGGUCAAGUGUAUGCAGUGGUGUUACUGCAAACCUGUUCGGGCAUUAGGUACUGAAAGGAUGAAGUAAAAUGUUACCACUGUGACUCAGUGAUCAUCCAGGAACAAGAUUAUAAACAUCUUUUCAUUAAAUAGUUUGCUAAAUUAAAUUAUUAGAACUUGUUAAUUGUAACAAAAUCUCUCCUCUGAAACCCGAAAGGAAAUGUAAAACUUAAAAGGUAAUUACCGUGUCGUACUUUAGAAGUAGAAUUCACCCUUUAUCGCCAAGAUUUCCUCCACUUUCUCCUGUGGCACAUACAUAGUUUGUUUAAAUGAAUUCACACCAACCAUAAAUCUCUAUUUUGUCCUGAAUAAUUGUUUACCCCAUUUCCUGGCAAUAGGAUAGCAUAAAGAAUGGUGUAAGAAGUUAGGGGCUUACCGAUCUGUCUACAUGUGUUCCGUGACCAGCCAGCCUUGGUCCUCGCGCAUCAGACCUCAGGGGCCGCUGGCUGCUUCUGGCUUCCUGGCAGCGGGUCUGACCACCCAGGGCCUGGGCACAGUGGGCCAGGCGGCUUUCCCGAUUGCUACCCUUCCAUUUCCCAGUGUGCUGAUUGGGUGUAAUUAUUUUCAAAGAUUAGAGUUGAACAGUGAAAACUCUAGAUCCUGGUUGUGGAAUGUGUGCCUCGUUAGAGUUCUUUGUCUGGGGUGUCCCUCUUCAAGACAUGGCACCCUCAAGUACACCAAAGGGCAUUUCGUUCUGUUGAAAGCCCCAACCAAACGGAAAGAAUCACAAGUAUUUCCAAAUAUGCCUCCCUGCCUCUGCCAGCCACCAUAUGCUAAAAAACACUAACCACGCACAAAGGAUCGCUAAACAAUCCUAUCCUCGGCUCUUUUUGUGACUGCCGGGGCAUGGCACGAAUUCCUUCCUCUUCGCGAGCAACUUCCAGACCGGCUGUUUCUCAGUACUACGGAGGUCAGCAAAAUUUGUUAAUUUUUGAAAACUUGAGACUAUGAGUUACAUGGACAAACAAUUUAUUGCCUUUGUUUUUAAUACACUUGGUUACAUUCUUAUAUUUGAAAUAAAGUGAAAUGAGACCUCAUAAUGCUGAGAAAUAGUGGGGGGGAGCCUUCAGAUUUGAAUACACCCAGUUAAAAUAAUAUUUUUAUGACUCUGUGGUGUGCUAUGCUCAUGAUAAAUAUCUGCCUAAAUAUAGAGGGCAAAACAGUAGUUGAAUAAACUAUGGUAAUGAAGGGUAAAAAUAGACCUGUUCCUUUCUCAAAACGUGGAAAGACUCUGCCAUGUAACCAUCUCCUGUUAGAAUGUGUCAUUAUUCUUAAUCCCACCAGAAUUGCACUCAUUCUGUGAGUAUGAACAGGACUGGCCGCCUGCUUUGUUCAUUACGUGGUUCAAAACUGACAGGUUCUUGCUUGUGUGGCGUUGAAAUGUCCUGUGCAUGCGUGCCUCUGACACUCGUCAUCCAGAUUCACCUGUCGAAUAUACGCUUCCACAUCCUCUCCACACCUUAGGCUUCCCUCUUUAAAAACAGUGGUAGUUUCUGUAGAAGUUUCAGUGAGGGGCAAUGGUUCUAUAGCAGAAAGGUUUUGUUGUGGUCACUUUUUUUUCUAGAGUCCCUAAUAAUAUCUCAGUUUCCAGAGCAGAACAGUACCCCCUGGUGAUUUUAAGAUUGCAGUAUACAUACCUUCCUAAUUAUAUUUUACAUAGGUUAAUAUCUUUUUUAAGUUUGAAAUUCUGUUAGGGGUGCAUUGAGAACUAGUUCAGAAAUACCCGCAUUGCGGUAAUGACUUCACAUGUGGUUUGUGGACAUAUCAAAGUUUGCUGUGUGCUUGUGGUAUAUCUGUGUAUGAAACAGAUUUCCAAAUUGUAACAUUUCAUAAAUUUGUCAGAUUUUAGACUCAGACUCUCCCGUCUUGUGUGUGGAUAAAGUUGUGUUAUUUUUGAAAAUAGAGUUGGUCUGCUGUGCUUUGUAUGUGUCAUUCCAAAGGUUUAUUUUCUCUCCAAAGAUAAUGCAGUGAAAAUCUCAUUUAGAACUUCACAUAUUGAUAUUUCCAUCCAUAUCCUAAUUCUAAAAACGGUUGUGGUCUGCUUUAAGGGUUUCAUGUAGACAGAUAAUAUGUUUCUACACAACAUUGUAUUUCUACCUCUCUCUCAUGACUGUUUCAGUGAUGCUUCCCAGCGCAUGUGUUAACCGAAGAUCAUUUGGAUUGAGUGUGGGCACCAGCCCUCAUUACCAACUCAAACGAUGUGUAAUACAUGUAGUUACAAAAGCAAGAAUGUAUUUAUACUCUAUACUGAAACCUAAUGCCUCUUUUCUAAAACUUUGCAAAUUUUUUUCAUGAAAUCGAUUAAAUAUUUUCUCUCUAAAGCCA